GCUUCGCUUUGUUACUUUGAUGAAUUUUCGCUUCUCCUUUAUCAGUGGACUGCGUUAAACGACUCUCUUUAUUCUUUUUCUUUUUGACUGUUUUCUUUCUUACCAAAGCCAAAACCAGCUUGUUUCCAGGUUCCAAUUCACAAUUCAAAUUGGAUACUUUCAUAGAUUCCUUCUUUAGCUCGUAAGAGCUUUUUGUUUGUCGCUUGUUUUUUCGACCUUUUUUUUCCUGUUCAAACUCUGUUUGUCGCGCGUUGGAGAUUAAGUUCUUUCGUUGCCUCUUUCUAUAUAGAAGCGAUAGAAUUGUUUUUUUCUUACAUUUUUUUAUUCGCAUUCACUGGAUUUCACUUUUUCGGCUUUUUUAUUCUGUCAUUUUUUUUCGCACCUCUCUCUUUCAUUCUAAGAAUACAAUGAGCAAUUGCUAGAACGCAUGCUUUUUUUUUUGCUUCCUAAUAAUCAUAUUUAGAUUCAUCGAUUUAGCAGCCGCAUUUGAAUACCUGAAAAUUUCACUUGAAAUUAUCGUUUCCUCAAUCGAUCGUUUUGGUAUACACUGAACAAAGUUACUUUUUCUAUUUCAUUUAGAUCUAUAUACCUUUCCUUUUCUUGUUUUCUUUGUGUAUACCCAUCAGGGUUUCUGAAUCUCUUAUUCUUUUGCAUUUGUUAGAUCGUUUUUCUCUUUUUUUUUUUCCUUCGUGUCCCUUUUAGCCUUGUAUACCUUUCUUUUCUAAUCUCAUUCCUUAACCAAUUCUAUCCUUGUUUAAUUGUUUUCCCUUUUUUGCGCAACACACGUUUUUUAUUUGAGUUUACAGCUUUCAGUAUCCUACUGAAUAUUCAAAUUCCUUGCUUUGUUCAAUCAAUUCUGCCAAGGUUAUAUAAAUAUAUAUAUAUCCUUACUCGUGUUUAAAGAUACCAAAAAGAUUUCCCUUAAAAGAUUUGCAAUUUUAUUAUUUGCAUACCCAUAGCAUAAUUUUCAUUUCUAUCGUCUUCUCUCUUUCCGCUUCUGUGUUUUGCUUGCUUUUUCCUAUAUUUGAAUUUGGAUCUCAUUCGUUCAAAAGCAGAUAAUACAUACUAAUGUCCGAUUUUCAAAUUUUGAAAGCUGCUACUGUUACAAUGGAGCCUCCCUCUGGUUCUUGCACGGCUGUCUUGCCUAAGAGCUAUCAGACCACCAGCAAAUAUAUUGUCCGUUCCUCCAAAUUACUCGAUUACUAUAGAAACACAGAGAAGCACAGUGAUGUCCUUAUCAUUGACUUGCGUCCUGUAUCCGAGUUUUCAAAAGACCGCAUCAAUGGCUCUGUCAAUCUCACUCUUCCUGCUACUCUUAUCAAACGCCCUGCUUUUUCUGCUUCUCGAAUCAUCAGCACUUUAAACGAUGCUGACAAUGUUUGCGACCUUUCUAAGGGUUGGAAAGACCUUUCUUGUAUCUUUGUUUGUCUUCCCGCUUGGGUUGCAAGUCAUAUUACUAUUGCUGAGAUUAUCGGUGAAAAAUUCAAGAAAGAAUGCUUUUCAGGUACUUUUGGCAUUUUGGACCUUGACUACAACCGUCUUGCAAACACCUAUCCCGAUUUGAUUGAUAGAAUGCCUAUCACAAAUAAAAUGGGCGUUAACACUAGCAUUAACUCAAAAUUAAACUUUUUUGUUCCUCAAACUGCCCCUAUAUCUUUGACAAGUCAAGGGUCUGAUUACUUUUCCAGUGUACCCCGGCCCAAAGAUAAAGUUGAAAUGCUUUCCUUGAAUAAGUUUUUCUGUCCGAUGCCCGAUAAGUCAAUUAAUAACGCACCCCUUCGGACACCCUCUCUUCACAGCAUACCAGAUGCAUUUACAAAUCCAAACGUUACAAUUUUGUAUGAAAAAUUUUCAAGUUUGGAGUUUCUCGAACAACAACGGUUGGCUUGUUGCGCAGAUAAGAAUUCGAAAUGGUGCACGGUCGAUUCUCUUUCGAACUUAACCUAUAAAAAAAAUAGGUAUACGGACAUUGUGCCCUAUAAUUUGACGCGCGUUCACUUAAAAAACAAAGACACAAAUAAAGGGACAGAUUAUAUUAAUGCCUCCUAUGUCAACACAGCUACCUCGAAAUUUAUUGCCUGCCAAGCUUCUCUUACUCUCUCCUUAGAAGAUUUUUGGCAAAUGACUUGGGACCAUUUUGAGGAUAUAGGAUCCAUUGUUAUGCUUGGCUCUUUUUACGAGGCAGGUCGUGAAAUGUCCGUCCCUUAUUGGCCUCAAGACGGUGUCUUUUCUCGCCAAACGUAUGGUUUGUAUACGGUAACCCUUUUGGAGGAAAAAAACAUCAUUGACAGCGGUUGUAUUUUACGAAAACUUGAUAUAAGACGAGGAGACUCAACUGUCUCGAAAAAAAUAAACCACUUUCAAUAUGAAAAUUGGACCGACUGUAAUUCUCCAGAACGUGUUACUAUGAUGAUUAAUUUCUUGAAACUUGUUAACUCUUACGAUCGUACCGGACCUUUAGUUGUGCAUUGUUCUGCUGGUGUUGGUCGUACGGGCACAUUUAUUGUUUUAGAUGCUCUUUUACGCCUUCCUAAUGAGAAGUUCAGUGGCUUUUCACCAGGUACAGAUGUCUCUUCAGAUGUUGUAUUUCAACAGAUUGAUCACGUAAGAACUCAACGAAUGAAAAUGGUGCAAAGCUUCACUCAGUUUAAAUUUAUUUAUGACUUAAUAGAUUUCUUACAGAAAAACAAUACCAAAUUCCCAGUUCUAUCAUAACUGUUUGUUUUUUUUUUUUUUUUUUUUUUUAUGGUUCGUGGCUUCUUUUAAUAAAAAUAAAAUAAUGAUUUGCUCCCCAUGUGUCUAUUUCUCAUAUACGAUUUGUCUAAAUUUUUCUUUUGGGUACCUGUGUUUUUAUGGAAGGGUUUAAUCGUAUACAAUUUUUGAUUUUUUAAUGUGUUUAUUACUUGUACUUUUUUG